UGUAAGAUGUGACCUGAAGAAAGUGUGUCUUAAAAAAGUUUCGUGGUUUCUCAUAUACCGUUUAUUUUUCCCUUUAUGCAGAAGGACUUUUGCGGUCGCGCCGAUCGCUUUCGACCGCGAUUUCGAUCGAUAGUUACGAUCGCAUUGGCCAAUAGUUAUACAGGAACUAAUACCGCAGCAAUCCUAUCGGUACUAAAUUAGAUUAUUAAAUUAAAUUUAAAAAAAAAAAACUACACGGUAUUUCGAGGAAUCGUGUAGCUCCAAUAUCGUUCCCAUCGCUACCAAUGAUUACGCUCGAGUCGCGUGUUCCCGCCCUUCCCCCACCACUUAGUACGAGCGCGUGCCGCUGCGCGCGGCAGCGCUGGGAUAGUAGCAGCUGAUCCAUGGUGCGGUGUGGACCAGUUGUGUCCGUGCUGCGUUUCCGCAGUGUGUUCGUACCGGUACGCGUAACCGACGUUUCACCUCGUCGGCGGAUCUCGUCGUAGUGAUUCUCGUUGCCUCUCUGAGCACACGUGACAAGUGACUCGCCAUCAGGACGUGGUGCUCGACCGAUUCCAUCGCUGACACGUUGCGAAACAGUGAAAGGUAACGAGGACGGACUAGGAGAGAUCGAAGACGACAUAGGAAGGAAGAGCAACGUGAAUCGGCUGGCGGGCGCGCGUCCAUCGCUAAAAACUGGAUGGUCUCCUAGUUCGUCAAUCAUAAUUUAUCCUACAGUGUCGCAACGAGGCUUCCAUCCGAAGAUCGAGGAGAUUCUGGAUCGGUGAGCAUUCGGGAAUCGAGGAACACCGAUUUAACAAGGUAAGAGGGAAGUGUUCGGUCCCAAAAUAAUCUGACAAUUUCCGGCGGUGAUCAACGCGACUGACGUGCAAUGAGCUAAUGGCGUAACCGGAAGCACGAGGCCCUGAAACCUUGGCCUCGAGUUCGCGGUCCCGGAACACGUCCAAGCACGCGAGUGACGUCGUCGUCGUCGACGAAAUGUCGUUCCUUUUGAGCCGAGGUGGCCGAAAGGGUCCUAUCAUCUGCUUCGUUGGGCUUCUACUGAUCUUUGCCCUCUACGAGCUGGGCAUCAUCUGUGGAUCCAUGAAAUACGUACCCACAGGGAUGAUGGUCGCCAAGGAGAAAUACGUGGUGGGCCCGUUCGAUCACAAGAGGUACACGUACGAUCGGUAUAUGCCUCUAAUAUUCAUCGGUGGGGUGCCACGAUCGGGCACCACUCUGGUGCGCGCCAUGCUCGAUGCACAUCCCGAUGUCAGGUGCGGCCAAGAGACCAGGGUGAUACCGAGGAUCCUGCAGAUGAGGAUGCACUGGCUCAAGUCUGAAAGGGAGAACCUGCGACUUUCCGAAGCGGGGAUCUCGAAGGAAGUGAUGGACAGCGCGAUAGCGGCGUUCUGCCUGGAGAUCAUCGCGCGACACGCGGAACCUGCGCCUAGGUUGUGCAACAAGGAUCCCCUCACUCUCAAGAUGGGCUCCUACAUUCUCGAUCUCUUUCCAAAUGCCAAGUUUAUCUUCAUGAUCCGCGACGGCCGUGCCACCGUGCAUUCCAUUAUCUCGAGAAAGGUCACCAUAACGGGUUUCGACCUGUCGUCUUAUCGUCAAUCGCUGAUCAAAUGGAAUCACGCGAUAUCCAUAAUGUACGGACAGUGCAAGGAGAUAGGAUCGGACAAGUGUCUGAUGGUACCCUACGAGCAACUGGUGCUUCACCCGCGUCAAUGGAUGAAGAAGAUCUUGAACUUCCUAGACGUGCCUUGGAACGAGUCUGUGAUGCAUCACGAAGAAUUCAUUAACAAACCAGGCGGCGUUCCACUUAGCAAGGUCGAAAGGUCGUCGGACCAGAUCAUAAAGCCAGUUAACUUGGAGGCAUUGACCAAGUGGGUUGGCCACAUUCCAGACGACGUGGUCAGAGAGAUGCCUGACAUCGCGCCGAUGCUUUCUGUGCUCGGCUAUGAUCCUUAUGCUAAUCCGCCGAUCUAUGGAGCGCCAGACAGGCUGGUUAGCGAAAACACGAGACGGGUGCUGGCGAACGGGGAAGUGUGGGCGGCCAGGGCGCGCCAGUUCUCUCUCGAGAAGCUGAUAGAACUGAGCAAAGAGGACGAAACCACCAAUACUCCAAACGCGUGACCACGGUUACAUUCUUCCCUAAACACGUGGACCUUGAAUCUGUACAAUUUCUGUAACGUCUAACGACGCUCUUGGAUGCUGAUUCGUAAUGGAAUGCACCCAGACGAGCGCCGAAAACGAACAUUCGAUUGUUCGCUGGAGGACAGCGAAUCGUAACCUGGCGAAGAUCAAGAGCGGAAGAUCCAUCUAGUUUAAGAUUGACCCUUGAUUAAGCGUACAUGUUGGAAUCUCGAGCGACAAGCGUGUCGUUGCGCGUUACUCUGCGUGGCAACCGAUGCAGCCGCGAUAAUGUUACUCUUUUCCCUCCCUGUCUCUCUAUUUGUAUAUUUUAGCCAGUAGACGUUUAAUCCUUGAACGAUCAGGCGAUUUUGUUCUACUUACUCGAUCGUUGACAGAGCUGAGAAAUCAGAUAAUAUUAAUAUCAAUGUGUUAGAUGAACGAUUAAUCAACAUCAUUUAUUGGACAAAGUUUGAAGUACGGUGAAGUUAUGUUAUCAUCGAGGCUCAAAAAUUGUUCAGAAACAAACCCUAAAACUAUGGAUUUUAAUCUUGAAGAAUUGUUUGUCGAUACUUUGGAAAACAUAUCUACUGAAUGUACCCGUUGAAAUUAUAAUUCAUAAUUUUAGUACAAACUCAGUCGGUGCAAGAUGAUUUUGAAAAAUGUAACCGCAGCAUGAAACUAAGAUUAAAAGAAAGAAUCAUCUAACGUGACAAGGAGUUAAUCUGGUAAAACAUCGUAAAACGAUUUGUAAGAGUUAAUAACAGAACUUGCGUCGAUCGUCCAAGGGUUAAUACUAACGCGAAACGUGUAAAUAACGGCUUAGUUACUUCACGUGAUUCAGCUUUUACUAUUUCGAAUCGGUUGUGCGACGCACGAGUUAACGCGAGAUCGUUAAUUGUUUUUGCGUCGUGUUGCCCUGUUCGCGUGGGGUUGAAAAACAUGGCCACUGAAUGGCGGAAACGAAAUGCCAUGUAACAAGUUUGUAAUUACUUUCGUUUCGUUUGUCCUUUUAAUGUCGCGACCAAAUGGAGAAUUGUUGGAUAGACGAUGAACAAUUUCUGUACAAUUUCGACCAACGGCCAGUGAUAAAGAACGUAGACGUACGGUGUUACAAUGUGAAAACCGUGAACCGUGGAAGAUGGACAGGAUAUCGUUGAAAGAAAUGUCAGAGGAGACUGGGUAAACUCUAACAGGAAUUUACUUUCCACGAGAAAGCCUGCGAUUCGUUUUCAUAUUUGUAACAACGAACAAAUAUUCGAGAACAAUCUGGGGGAAAAAUCUUUAUACUAUGUCCUGUAUUGCGUUAAAUAAUUUUUGUUGCAUUCUAUUUCGGAGCGAAGAAGAAUGUUUUCGCAUGUGGUACUUACUGGUCAAUAGUUAAAGGAGGCACUUGCGUUCCUUUUGUUCUGUAUGUUUCUUUUCUUUUUUUUUUUCUACGUUUAUACAGUAGAUUAGCACAAUGAAAUAUCGAAGGUUAAGCUAUUAUAUAUGUAGAACCAGCGAAAGUUUCCUGUUUUAUCGAUCGUAUUAAUAUUUAUAAGUCGCUGAAACGUGUGAAAGUGCGCCGAAAUUCGUGUUUGCAGACGAACUGUUUAGCCCAAUAAAUCGUUCCCUUCGAUCUACAAUUUACCGCGUAUUUUCGUUAUCGAUCGUCGGUAAAGUAGCCGAACGAUGGUUGCCGCAAACAUUAUUUCGAGUACGACAGAACGACGCUGUUUUCGAUCGUUGUUAGAUUUCGUCGACCGGCAACCGAUACAAAUACAACUUCGAUGUGGCAUUACGUCAUUCGUGUCAACCAUGUUACUGUCUAUCGAAUUAUACAGUUAAAUUAUUUUAAUAUUACGAAA